AUGAAUUAGAUUGCUUCAUUAAGAGUGAGAAUAAUAAUUAUAUUUCAAAUAUUACAUUUAUCAAUAAUAUCAAUAGAACUUGGAAGACUAACCUAUAUAAUAACUUAAAAUUUAUAUCUUCAAGAUAAAGAUAAAUUUUACUGUAAAGAGAUUAAGUAAAGAUUUUUUAACAACACAAAUUUGCCAACAAAAAAAUAAAAUCAAAUUAAAGUUAAUUGA